AGCGAACGCUCUCGGGCGCACGAGACUCGACUCGCUUGAGAUUUGAAAUUUAGGCUCUCGUUGCCGGAAACGGACUAACCGGCGUAUUCCCUGUGGAACGUGCGGACGAAGAACCCCCAGGAUGCGGCUGUACUGCCUGUCCAGCGAGCCGUCCAAGCCAUGCCUGGUUCUAACUUUCAAGGGAACCACGCUGAUGCUGGACUGCGGCCUGAAUAUGCAGUCCAUCUUGCACUUCAUGCCUUUGCCCAUGGUUCCCAGCAGCAAGUUCAACUCCUUGCCGACGUGGCUGCCGCGCAAUGACAAUCAGCAGGAUUGGCAAAUCGAGGGUGAGCUGAAAGAGUGUUGCGGUAGAGUCUUCGUGGAUUCGGUACCAGAGUUCACUCCCCCUCUGGAGAAAAUAAUUGAUUUCUCCGAGAUCGAUGCCAUUCUGAUAUCCAACUACACGUGCAUGCUCGCGUUACCCUUCAUAACGGAGGGCACGGGUUUCAAAGGUAUAAUAUACGCCACCGAACCGACGCUGCAAAUCGGACGGUUUUUCAUGGAGGAACUGGUGGAAUUCAUCGAGCGGACUCCAAAGGCAACGAUGGCCAAACACUGGAAGGACAUGUUGCACACAUUGCCGUCCCCAUUGGCGGAGGUCGUCAAACCAAAAUCCUGGAAGCACAUUUACUCCAUAUCGGCCGUGAACUCGGCGCUAUCGAACAUUCAAAUGGUCGGAUACGAUCAGAAGCUAGAUAUAUAUGGCGCUCUAACAGUCACACCAAUCAGUUCGGGCUUUUGUUUAGGUAGCAGCAAUUGGUUGAUAUCUAGCGACCACGAAAAGGUUGCUUUUGUCAGCGGUUCGUCCACGCUCACUACGCAUCCGAAGCCUAUGGACCAGGCUACGUUGAAGCACGCUAAUCUCUUGAUUUUGACGGGUUUAACGCAAACGCCGAUCGCGAAUCCGGACACAAUGCUCGGGGAAUUGUGCAUGACUGUUGCUGUGACUCUGAGAGCCGGUGGAUGUGUCCUGAUACCUUGUUAUCCCUCUGGUGUCGUCUACGAUUUAUUCGAGUGUCUGAGCACUCACCUGGACAAGUCGGGCUUCACGCAAGUGCCUCUAUUCUUUAUUUCACCGGUGGCGGAGACGUCCUUGGCUUAUUCGAAUAUCCUUGCUGAAUGGCUGUCGACGACUAAGCAGAACAAAGUUUAUCUUCCGGAGGAACCGUUCCCACACGCUUUCCUCGUAAAGAACGCACGACUGAAGCACUAUACAUCUACGUACGCCGAAGGAUUCAGCAGCGAUUAUCGACAGCCUUGUGUCGUCUUCUGCGGCCACCCCAGUCUCCGAUUUGGGGACGCCGUUCAUUUCGUGCAGCUGUGGGGCAACAAUCCCCUGCACACCGUGAUUUUUACCGAGCCUGACUUUCCGUACUUGGACGCCCUGGCACCCUUUCAACCAUUGUCUAUGAAAGCCGUACACUGUCCCAUCGAUACCUCUCUGAAUUUUAAUCAGGCUAACAAGCUCAUACGAGACUUGAAGCCGGAGCAUCUAGUUAUCCCGGAGGUUUACACACAGCCCCCUGCAAUGGCACCGAACAGACCGGAGCUCGCCAUCGAAUCCGGGGAAAAACCCUUGAUUACGUUCAAACGCGGGGAGGUGAUAAAAUUGCCAUUAAAGCGGAAGAAGGGCCGUGUGUUUAUUGAGCCGGAAUUAGCUAGCAAUAUUAUACCGAGUGAAGUGCGACCUGGCUUGAGCCUUGUAUCUGUCACCGGCGAGCUUGAGGUCAAGGACAACGUGUAUACCAUAAAAAACAUCGAGGACAAACCGAGCGGAAAGAGGAAAAUGCCGUCGGGUUCGCCUGCGCCCGCCAUGGAGGAAGUGCUGAAGGAGCGUAAACACGAGUACGGGCAUCUGGAUCCGCAAGACUUGCUGCAAAAGCUCCAUCAGGAAGGCUUUCAAGGAGCUAAAUUACAUCACAAUCCUACGUCUACGAAUAUUCAUUUGCAAGACGAAGACACCAUAAUUCAGAUCGGAGACAAUUCUACGCACAUUUGCUGCAACGGCGAUCAAAAGAUCCGCAAACGUCUCAGGAGUAUAAUAAUGCAGUGUCUGAAAAGAUUUUGAUAUACAUUUUUUUGUAGUAUCCCGACAUUCUGUGAGACAAUGUUUUUUUUAUACUGCUACACCGUACAUAUAAUUUAUUGUUUUAAAGCACGUGUAUAUUUGUUCCAUCAUUCACUUUUAUUCUGCGAUUUAGGCAUUGACUUUGCAAUAAUUUCUAAAUUGACUGUAACAGAAAAGGUUUUUAUCACCUAAUUCUGCUAAAUAAAGAGCGGUAUCUUUAAGUACUUAGAAAUACAACGCACUGUUCACAAACAUUUGACCUACGUUUGGAAAUAAUACAAUAAUGCUUGCGCACAUAUUUAGCAGCAUUAGUUUCAGUUUCCAGUUUCUAUUGUUUCUAGAUCGUUAAUGACCAAAAAUUGUUAAAUUUGCAGCGAGUAUCGUUAAAUAAUUUUUAUUGUAGACAAUACAUAUUAAGAUCUAUAUAAACAAUGCGAUGGAAAUACACGGCGAUUAGCGAAGUAAGUAUAUAAGUGAUAACGAAAAAAAUUGGAAUCGCAAUCCUUUACAAUAGUAAUAUAUAAGUAGUGUACAAUAUUAUUCUAAUGUUUAUAUCCUAGAAUGACUAAUUUCUUGCUGCAUUCUGAACGAACAAGAAAUCCCGAUAAGUUUCAUAUGCACACGUUGUGUAUAUUGGUUCGCAUAUGUUCUAUACAAAAUUGCCGAGAUUCUAAAAUGUCUUUUAGUAAGAACCAAUUAAUUUUCUUACUCAAACGACAAAAAAAAACAUUAGGGACUUUCAUACGUUUGAUUCGUUGACU